CUUUGGUAUAAAUAAUGCAUAUGUACACAAACAUCUGUUUUUAUUUACGCACUCAGAUAGAUCUGACGUUGGUUGUAUGAAAGUGUCAGAAAGGCCUUUGGUGGUACACGUAUUGCCAUCUGUUUUAGUGGAUGUACUAUUUCCACCGUCCAAGGUCGGUGUAUAGUGUAAAAUUCAACAAAAGAAGAAAAAGGCCUAUUUUCAGAUGACGAAAAUAUAAACAUGAAAAUGGCUGCAUAAUAAAUAAAAAAAACGCAAAUCAGAACCUUGAGUAUGGACACAAUUUAAUAUCGUUCCAAUAAAGUGUAAAGUCAAUUCCCUCGAUGAAAAAUUGUUUUCUAUAAGUUGGGCAAAUCAUUGAGCUUUUAAAUGGCUGUUAUAUUAUGGAUGCAAUGUGAAUAAAUAAAUGGAACGAAAUCAAAUGGGAAAAUUAUAUUUUGGUGAAGUGUAAUUUUUUUGUGUGUGCAAGAGUGCAAAAGGUCUCUUGAUUUUUACUGAGACAACUAUUCGGAACAAAGAGAGUCAUUCGACUUGUUAUUCAACACAUAGACAAUUUGAUCUAAAAAGUUGCGUGAAAACUAUCUCGUCGACGACAACGACGACGAUAAAAUAACAACGACCGCAAUAAAAAACAAAGACAAUCGAAUCGCACAUUGAGCAAACGUACCGAACAAUUAGUGUAAUGUGUUUACGGCUAAAAUCGAAUGAUUGCAUACAUCUCACGGUGAAAAAAGGAAUUUCAGUGCAUCCAACAACCAUGUUUAGAAUAUGUUCAUUUACGCUGUUGGGCUUUAUUGCCAUAAAUGCUCCGCAUCAAUUUGUGUGCUGUGACAAAUAACUGCGAUACCUCAGCGAGACGAAAAACAAAAAUAAUAAUUGAGUUGUAUACUGUAAACGACAGACAAAACAAUCGACCAAUUAAUUGUCGAAGUCCCAAACGCAAGUGGCCACAAUAAACAGAGAGAGCGAGAGAGAGAGAGAGAAAGACACAAAAAACAGAAGAUUGAUAAGGAUUGCUAACAAAGCAUAAACGGCAAACAAAGUUGAUUGAAAGUAUCUCUGAUUCAACGAGCGUAGUGAAGAGCAUCAAGGAAAGCCACCAUUAUUGCGCAUUUGACAACAAAGAUUUGUUGCUAAAAAUACCGCUCUUCGACCGAUUCUAGUGAACAAUCUAAAAAUACGAAUCAGCCAGCGAACAAUACGUACUGAGCACGAAAAAUUCGCACAUAACACCAGUGGAGCCAGAAUAAACAUAAACAAAAAUUAUUCGGAAGUGUUAUUCAACAAAGGAAAGGAGAAGAAAAGGAGAAAGAGGAAAAGAAAUACGAGCACACUAAGCGUACACUGUGUACUUGCAAAUUUUGAAUACAAACGAAAGAAGGAACGAAUCUCAACAAAAUGAAAUUGCUGGAAAAUUCAAAGUUUGAGGCUAUCAAUAAUGCAUUGUCGAUGCAAACCGGUGAUAGCGCCAUUGUUGGCCGAAUCGAAAGCUAUUCGUGCAAAAUGGCCGGCACGGACAAGGCACUGUACAAGCGCUUCACAAGCGAAACCAACGCUCAUGACUUGCAGGCCCUGUCGCCACCACAAGGAUUCAUGGAUAUGUCGCCGAAUAUUGGACGCGGCAGCAAUUCUGGUGACGAAAACACGGUUCUAUGCGAUACAAUCUCACGCAAAUCCCUGUUCUACUUGAUUGCAACGCUUAAUGCAGCGUUCGAACCGGACUAUGAUUUCUCCGAUGCUAAGAGCCAUGAAUUCAGCAAGGAACCGUCAAUACAGUGGGUCAUGAAUUCGGUACAUUCAAACUUGUCGGCCAUUGGUGGUGACCAGUUCUCAGCACUGCGCCAAGCACUUUGGAUCGCAAUCAAUGACGAAAUCAAUUUGAACGAGUGUGAUAUUUACAGCUACAAUCCGGACUUUAAUUCCGAUCCGUAUGGUGAACCAGGCUGUUUAUGGUCGUUCAACUACUUUCUCUACAACAAGAAACUCAAACGUAUCGUAUUUUUUACGUGCAGAGCAAUCAACUCUGUCCAAAUGAAUGCUUCAGACUCAUCCGUUAUCGGCCUUGAUUUUGCUAUGGAAGAGGGAGGCAUGGUUUAAAAUACAAACGUUUUUUCUCUCAAUUUUGUUUCCUUUCAAGAAACUGAAUUUUUUUUUUGCGAAAGAUCUUCGUGUACAAAAUAAGCAACCUUCAAAAAACCUUGCUGAAUUUUACACUCAUGAAUAUUCUUACGUUUUAUUAUUACUCGAUUCAAUAAAUUUAAAAUGGAUAAAUAUAAAGAAACGUCUCAUUGUGCGAGCUCGAUAGUUUCACCGCUGGCGCCUGGCAGCUAUCAGCCAAUUUAUCACGUACGACCCGUGGAUAUAUACAUAUAUUGGAGUUGGCAAAAAUGCUUUGUUCGCUUUUUUUCUGUUGUGUGAAACUAUCGAGCUCGCAAUUUUGAACUAGUUUACGGAUGAGUUACACUCUAAUUUCGUAAGUGAUAUGAAAAAAAAUGAACAAACAAACAAAAAACACUAUGAUAAAGAAGAAGAAGAAGAAGAAAAAAACAUCUUAAUAGUAGUGGUAUUCGCUUUUCUAAGAAAAUUUGAUUGACGUCUGGAUGGGCGCCAGUAAAGCUUUUUUUUUCAUCAGAGGUGCAUUAGCUUGGAUAGAUUUUCAGUCACCGUCAACAUACAAAAACAAACAAACAAACACACGCAUAUAUAUACAACAGUUUUUAUUGUGAAAUGAUACACAACUACGAAAUCAUCAUUGAUAGUACUUAUAAGCUAUUUUAUUCAUUCAUUCUUACUGUUUAAGAUACGACAAAUAAAAAGCAAACCUUUUCACUUAUUAUUAUUCAA